GAAGUACCUCAGGUGUUACCAGUUCUAGAGAUAAGUUAUAAACGACACAGUGGAAGCAGUUCUCUCUCAAGAUGCGACCGACAACAGUGUACUAGCUCCCAUGUAUCUAUUUGCUACUAGAAUGCGUCGUCGUUUGAACAGUCGAGCGUUUGAUCCAUUUGAUGAAUGGCUUGAGUCGCAGGGUUUAUAUCGCAAGCAAGUAGCACGGGAUGGAUCCUGUCUUUUUCGUGCUGUUGCUGAACAAGUGUUCAUGACACAGACUGAGCACAUUAAGGUUCGGGCGCUCUGCUUGGAGUAUAUGAUGCUACACAAGGACGAUUUCCAGCCAGUAAGUGUUUUUGUAAAUUAUCAUAUGAUUUGCUUACUGUUGACUAGCAGACACUAUUACUACUUGUUACAUAUGUUUAUAUCACUGACCUGGUUAAUAUUGAUAAUUUCUAGUAACAAAAUAAAUGUACAGUAUGUUAGAUUUUUUAAAUUUGUACCUUUAAGAUUUAUUAAUUUUAAUUGUUUUUGCAGGGUGGAUUUUCUUAUUUAUCAAGAAAUCGGGCAAAUGCCAUUCAAGGCCACAGAAAAUAGCUACCCAAAGACUCUCAUGUUAAGUUACACCCAUGGGAACCAUUAUGACAUUGUCUACCAAAAAGACGCAGCUACCAUACGGGGAUUUUGUCAGUCUGUGGUGUAUGACAUACUUUAUUCACGUGUAUUUCAACUGAAGGAUGUUCGACUUGCUGUUGACACAAUGCUUCACGAUAAGGAGUAUGCUUCACUAAGAAGAGACUCCGCUAACUCCACUGAACUUAAGGAAAUUGGAGCAUUAGUUGAGAAAAUCAUGGGGACAAAUAUUUCUAGGGAUAAUAGUCAAGAUGAAGCUGAUAAAAACACAAGUAUAGAUGAGAGGCAGAGCUUAGAGGAAGUCCAUCCUGAUGAUGUCCGCGGUUUACUUGCUCGAGGCAUACCACCUUUUCCUUAUAAAGUGGCAAAAUCUCUAGAUCCCGACAUCUACAGGAAUAUAGAAUUCGAUGCUUGGAAUACUGUAAGGAGAGAAGCACGAUAUGGUCCUUUUGAUAGCAAUGGAUUCCAAGCAGGUGUUAAAGUUCUUAUCAAACUUGAAUUACUACCAAAUCGACUAGAAGUAGAAAAAAUGAGAAAGCUUCAUAUGACCAGGCAAGGUAGUAGUGAAAAUCAUGAUGGGAGAAAUGCAGAAGAAAGGAUAGAUGUAUAUCAUGGUCACAUCCAGGAAAUGUCGGAAAACAAAGGGCCGGUAGAUGUUUAUGUAGAAGAAAUUGGCAACAGAUUAAAGGUGCCUUAUGAAUCUUUAGAAAAAGUUCCUCCUUCCCCACCUCGUUCUCCAUGGCAUGCUUCACAGCAACACUUGCAGACAGGUACAGGCUCAGCAACCACUACAGGGGUAAACAUUCCGAGCUACAAGAAACUCACUGGCUUUUAUCAGAAGGCGCCUCUUCCUGCUGAGCCUGAGUACUCCUCAGGAAGAAGUAAGAAGAAAGGUGGAAAGCAGAUGCGUGAGGUAUUAACAUUAGUCCCUAUACCUGCUCCUUUAAGAUACUGUGGUCCCAGCAAUGCUACUGGUAUGAGAGGGCGAGUAGCUAGCAGCCCAACACAUCACGGUCACUCACCACGUUCAAGAACACCCCAAGGCUCUUAUCCACCACCGCCAAAUUACGCCCCUAAAAAUUAUUCUAAUCGAGGGAUGGGUCGAAGUAAUAACAGUAAUUACAGAAAUGCACAGAGUCCUGCAAGAGAUGGAUAUCCAUUAUUACCUGUAAGAACUGUUUUGAAAACCACAUGCAGCACCAAUACCAUCUGUGACAGCAGCCAUGACAGCACCAACAGUGGUGACACUAUCAUCAGUCAUGUGAACACGAACACCAGUGACAAUACCACCACCCAUGUCAAGACCUGCUGUGACACCAUCAGCCAUGACAGCACCACCAGCUGAGACACCACCAACAAAUAUUAUGAACCUACUAACCAGCAGGGUGUGGAGCAAGCAGGAAAGUACUUCAUUUGUGCCAAAUGUUUCACAAUUUCAUGAUAAUAAUAGUUAAAUUCAGCCAAAUAGUCUAAAUAGAUGAUUCCACUGAACUUAUUUUUCAGUGACACACUGAUGACUAUUAUUGUUACCCAAACACACAACUAUUACAAGCACAUGAUGGCCAACUUUUAUGUUUCACAGAAAUCAUGUUGCAGAGCUGAAUUUUAUCUUUUUGAACAUUAAUGCUGAUGCCACACACCCAUAAGAAUAAUAUAUUGAAGUACAGGCAGACUUAUAGCAACACCAGCCUUCAGUGAAAUAAAGCCCAUUGGUUGAUUUAUCUUGUUACUGUGGAUGCUGCAUUUCUCUGAUAAAAUCAAUCCUCAGAAAAAAUGAUUUACUCUACAAAAUACUGGAAGUGAUUUUGUAUCAGAAACAUAAAUUCAUUGAAUACUUUUAUCCAUUCAAGAAUGUUGUCAUAGACGAGUCCCUGAUUUUAUACAGCUUCUCCUCACUUAAAGACAUACUCAUUUACUGACGACUUGGACUUACGACGGGCUCUCUGACCAGUAUGCAUACCUAAAUAAUGUAUAUUAAAGCUGAUUUCCUCAAUUCUUUUUAUUACAAUAUACAGUACACUGCUGUAUAAACUUUUUUUUUUUUUUCAACAAGUUGGCCGUCUCCCACCGAGGCAGGGUGACCCAAAAAAGAAAGAAAAUACUUUCAUCAUCAUUCAACACUUUCACCACACUCACACAUUAUCACUGUUUUUGCAGAGGUGCUCAGAAUACAACAGUUUAGAAGCAUAUACGUAUAAAGAUACACAACAUAUCCCUCCAAACUGCCAAUAUCCCAAACCCCUCCUUGAAAGUGCAGGCAUUGUACUUCCCAUUUCCAGGACUCAAGUCCGACUAUAUGAAAAUAACCGGUUUCUCUGAAUCCCUUCACAAAAUAUUACCCUGCUCACACUCCAACAGAUUGUCAGGUCCCAAGUACCAUUUGUCUCCAUUCACUCCUAUCUAACACGCUCACGCACGCUUGCUGGAAGUCCAAGCCCCUCGCCCACAAAUCCUCCUUUACCCCCUCUCUCCAACCCUUUCGAGGACGACCCCUACCCCGCCUUCCUUCCCCUAUAGAUUUAUAUGCUUUCCAUGUCAUUCUACUUCGAUCCAUUCUCUCUAAAUGACCAAACCACCUCAACAACCCCUCUUCUGCCCUCUAAUACUUUUAUUAACUUCACAUCUUUUCCUAAUUUCCACACUCCGAAUUUUCUGCAUAAUAUUUACACCACACAUUGCCCUUAGACAGGACAUAUAAACAUUUAAAAAUAUACCAGAAAUGUUAUAAAUGGUGAAAAGCUGACAUUAAAACCAUAACAAAGAUGGUUGACACAAACCCACUACCAUUAUAGUAUGCUCCUCACUUAGCGACGAAUUUGUUUACCGACGUGGUCUUAGGAACGGAACUCCGUCGUUAGGUGAGGAGAGGCUGUAUAUAGGAAGACUUUCCUUCAAGACUUAUAUAUCAAGCAAACGACAUUGGUUUGUUAUCAAACUUUUUGUAGUGUGUGAUUUUGAAAGUAGUUUAGAGCUUGAUGUUAAUGUAUAUACAGAAAAGCAAAUAUUUGAAAAUAUACGUGACACAUUAGGACUUUUGGUGCAGUUGAGGAAUAUGAUGGAGCACAUCUAGGUAAGAUCAUACCUUAUUCACAAUUAAUUAGUACACAAGCCCUGAUCUUUGUGAUUUUCUCAAGGUGAACACCGCAGAUAUGUGCGAGACAGUGAGAGGAAAUAAACAACAUAUGCCAUCAUUCAUGAAAUUACUGGGUUCCACUGAAGUACAUAUAGGUACUUCCUACCUUGACAUGAUGGCAUUUCAAUGAUAUGACUUAAGGUGUGACAGUGUUGACGACCAUACUUAGGUAUCAAAUGAAAGAAACUGGAAAGAUUGACUGGCAAACAAAUAAACCUAUUGUAAAAACUUGCAGUCAAUAACUACAGUACUAAUAUACAUUCAGUAGACAAAUCGGACAUGCAAAUUGGAUGUUGCAGUGCCAAAUGCAUACAACUUGUAUAUGUUCCAAAUAAAAACAGGAUGAAAAUGCAGAUUGGCCAAUUUCCAUUUAGCUAUCGUAGACAUGAAUAGAAUAUUCCGGUGAAGGUUCUCCCAUUAUGUUGCUGCCAUGGUAGUGAAAAAUGUCUCAUUUUGGCUGAAGCCUGGUACAUUCUUCUUGGAUAUUGUUUCUGCUACAUAGAAGAAGGCACAGAAACUUUAUAUAUGUAUGUCAGCACACAAACAGAAAGUCAAGCAAAUGUACAGAUAUACUAUACAUGUAUAUCUGUCAGUUGUGUGGUAUUCCAUUGUGCCCCAAGCCAUGUUUUGAGGAAUAACUUACCUUGAAACAGUUCUAAUAAAGCAAUAAAAACCUGUACAUAGUAUUGCAUGACAAAAACAGUCCUUAGAUGUAAGAUAAACCUUGAUUUUGUACAUACAGUAUAGUGAAUAUUGAUAUUCUUAACUAUUAUUUUUGCUUGAAAUCAGGAUAUUUUCAUUGCAAAGUGUGGCACUUAGUGUUAACCAGUACAUGAAAAGGAAAAAUCUCACUAUUUGGUUUAGAAAAACCAGAAACAUAAAAUAAAUUGACACUUUAGUGUCAUUGUUGCCAACAGAGCAUCAGUUUAGGUUAACUUCAACAGACCAUAAAACAGUAAGUUUUUAUCAGAUUCUGCUCAUUUUAGUCUUACUCAGCUCAGAAAACUGUCCUUUUAACAUGUAUUUUUUUUUUUUUUUCUCCAAAAUUUUACGCACACAGAAAUUUUAUUUUUUGGAUGUCCCAUAGUUAAGGGGUUAAUGGAGUUGUAGUGUUAAGUGUUCUCACAAGCCAUUGUGAGGGUUGAAUCAGUGUAUAACUAGAUUAAAUGAUUGCUUCUGUGCGGUAGGCAUCAUAAAUAUGCAUGUGCAUAAGCAGAUCACACAAAAUGGGACUGCUCAUCAUAACCUGUCGGUUUAACCCUUAAACUGUCCAAACGUAGAUCUGCGUUUGCA